AUGUCAUCAAAUCGGGGGACCCGGCCAGUGAGGGUAGCGAACUGCUCAGGAUACAAAGGCGAUCCAGGGUACCAUAUGCGCUACCAAGCAGAACUGGGAGAUACAGAUUUUAUCACGGGCGACUAUCUUGCCGAGGUCAAUAUUGCGGAAAACGCUCAGGCACAUGCAGAGGGCAAGCAUCCUGGGUGGGAAAAGACAGCUUGGGAUGGGCUUGAGCAGACCAUCGAUUUACUGAAUGAGAAGAGAAUCAAGGUCGUUGUUAAUGGCGGUGCGCAUAACCCCAAGGGUCUAGCGGAGAAGGUACAAAAACUCGUCGCGAGUAAAGGCUAUGACUUGACGGUGGCGUAUGUGUCAGGUGAUAACUUGAUCAAUGAGAUGAAGGACGUCAAAGAGAAAGGUUUACCCCCACACCUGGAUUCUGACAAUAGCGAGGUGACGGUCGCUGACCAUGUACUUGAUAUUCUGAAGAGUGACAAGCCGAUCGUCAGCGCGAACGUCUACCUCGGAGCUCGCGAAAUCGUGAAAGGCCUUGAAGAAGGCGCAGACAUCAUCAUCGCCGGUCGUGUCGCAGACGCCAGUCCAGUCAUCGGCGCUGCAUGGUAUUGGUACUCGUGGAAUGACACCGACUUCGAUGCGCUUGCUGGAGCGCUUAUUGCGGGUCAUCUUAUCGAAUGCAGUGGUUAUGUGACGGGCUCGAACUUUGCCGGUUUUUAUGAGUAUCCUUUGGACGAGCUCUACGAUCUCACUUUCGGUAUUGCGGAGAUCGAAAAGGAUGGUACUUGUGUGAUUACGAAACAUGAAGCUAAGAAAGGUUUUGUAACUGAGGAUACUGUCAAAUGUCAGUUUCUAUACGAGUUGCAGGGGAACGUAUACCUGAAUAGCGACGUCAAGGCGAUCCUGGACAAGGUGCAGGUCAAAGCUGAGGACAGAAACAGAGUCCGCGUGUGGGGCAUCAAAGGUGGACCGCCUCCACCUACUACCAAACUUGCCAUCUUCUAUCAAGCAGGGUACCAGUCUGAGAUUGUCGUCAAUGCAACCGGAUAUGCAACCACUGAGAAGUUCAACCUCUGGGAACGUAUAAUCAAAUUCGGUCUCAAACAGAAGGGCAUACUGAACAGUUUCGACAUCUUGGAAUUCCAGCGCAUAGGCGUACCAGAGACCGACCCGAAGAGUCAGCUCCGGAGUACAUCAUACUGUCGAAUCUUUGCCGAGACGAGCGAUCCGAAUGUGAACCUGGGCCUAGCGAGCUUGCUGGCUGACUUUGCAAUGCAACAUUACUCGGGAUUUCAUAGUACGAUGGACCAUCGCACAGCGAUACCGAAACCGUACCUGUCCUUCUAUCCGGCGGUUUGGCCGCAAAACAAGCUCAAAACCGCAAUCAACAUGCUCGAAUCUGGCGGGACGAGGGUAGUGACGACCACGCCGCCACCAAAGUUUGAGGAAAUCGGGAAACGGCAGAGUUACGAGACUCUGAAUCCAGUGGGCUUUCAGUCUUUUGGUCCAACAACGCGUGCACGAUUGGGAGACGUAGUGCUCGCCCGAUCGGGCGACAAAGGCGGUAACGCAAACAUUGGCUUCUUCGUACCCACCAACCUACCAUCAUCCUACCCACACGGAUCACCUCUCUAUGCCGAAACCUGGGGCUGGCUCCGCAGCUUUCUUACCAUCACCAAACUCAAAGAAAUGUUUAGAGAAAGUUGGAGCGACAGCUUCUUCGUAGAAAGAGUGGAGUUCGAGGCUAUCAUGGCUGUACAUUUUGUGGUCUAUGGGGUCUUGGGUAGGGGCGUCAGCGGGAGCAGUAGGUUGGAUGCUUUUGCGAAGGGCAUGGGCGACUGGUUGAGAGAUGUCGAAGUCGAGGUUCCGGUGAAAUUCUUGGAGGGACGGGUUAAGGGAAAGUCUGUGGCUGGAAGGUAUGCGGCCGAAGCAUGA